AUGAGUUACUCAACAUGGCAAGGUUCAUUCUGGCAAGAUCAAUCCUGGCAAGAUCAAUCUAGCCAGCUCGUCACGCCCGACAUGGCGACCGUAGCACAGGUCAUCGAGGGUCUGCACGCUGACCCUAGAAUCAAUAUGAAUCCCAUGCCAGCUGACUUCUUAACGUACUACAUCGAGUUCUUCAAGAUUGAGCUGCAAAAUCUGAUUGGGAAAUAUGGAGGGCUUAAGGAGAUUCUAAUCGAUGACAAAGACACGGGAGACUCAGAUGAGGGACUUUACCUGGCGGAUCCAUUAGAAGAUCCCGCCUACAUGAGGCAUAACGUAUCUAUCUACUAUGCCAUGCAUAAGAAUUACGUUGGAGUGACGAAGAUCAUCCUUCGUGCCUGGUCACAGCUUCACCCAACCAUUAUGGGGUACGGCGAUUAUGAAAUGCAUCAUGAACUUCACUGGCUUCAGCCGUUGUUGAACUAUGCUGUAGAGAAGGCUAGUCCGGAGAUAGUUCAGCAUAUGCUCGAAAAGGGCGCGAAUCCUAAUCGACGGUACACAGGAUCGUGGCUUUGUCAAAGGAGCAUGCGGACGGAUCACAAUUGGCAUUAUAGUAAAAUAGAGUACCCAGGGCUCAGAUACCCGCCCAAGGACGCCCUAGAGGUUGCCAUGCUUUGUUCCGGUUCCAAGAUAAGUGAAUAUCUGGAUAGGGAUAUGUUCACUAUUAUAGCUCUUCAGAUCAUCCAAAGUGGCUACGAAUUCGGCGAAGAUCUGUAUGCCAAGUUCAGGUGUGCAGCUGAACUUCGGAUGGAGGAGGUUGUCAGGGUGUUAUGGCCCAAGGUUAUAGAGAGGGAGACAGACCCGUCUAAACUUCUCAGUCUCCUCAACCUGACUCUGCGCGCUGCCAUUAGAGGCAAUGAAAAGCACCCAACAGACAACACCGCGGUCCUUAAACUUCUCCUUGAAAUUAGAAGUGGCAUUACCGAGACUGUCGACAAGGUCGAGGACGGAAACCUAGUAGAGUUUGCUCUACGCUUGAAUAGAAACCCGGCCAACCUCAUUUGCUUGCUACGACAUGGCUUGGUGAAUCAGCCGCCAACUCAAAACAAAACACAAUCAGCGAUGGCGGAGCAUAACAUCAGCGCUCUCCUAUCAAAGACUCCAGACGAGUUACUAAGCAUCAUCAGCGUACCCUUUCAGAAUCUUUGGGAACUACUUGAGGGUACAGAGAAUGCAUACACGCUGGUUGUCCCAACUGGCCCUUUUGGAGGUGUUUGA